AUGGUCAGACCCCUCAAAAAGGUCCCAGGAGGUCACACCCACCUACUAGAGGUGGUGGACAAGUUCACCAAGUUGAUCGAGGCGAAGCCCAUCACCAACAUCCACUCACAAGAAGCGAUUGAAUUCUUCCUUGACAUCAUCUACCGGUUCGGCGUCCCUAGCUGCAUCAUCACAGACAAUGGAACCAACUUCACUGGCAAGAAGUUCCUAGAUUUCUGUGACGGUUACAACAUCAGGGUCGAUUGGGCUUCAAUCGGACACCCGCGGAUCAACGACCAGGUCGAGCCGACCAAUGACAUGGUCCUCCGAGACUCAAGCCACACAUUUUGGACUGGCUCAAGAAACAUGUCAGAAGAUGGGUCGCGGAGCUCCCAGCCAUCCUCUAGAUCCUAA